GUCACGUCGAAGCGCGCCGCCACCAGAUUCUGCGUCAUUGAGAGCCCUUCAGGAGAAUGAGCGCACAGUAAACACGUCAUGGACUCGUUCAAGACGCUGCAGACAGAAAUCUCGGCCGCCCUGAAACCGACUACCAGGUCUGCCGCUGCCAUCGGCAAAGCAGACAUCCCUUUCCAGAGAUCGCUCAAUCCUGAGGCUGGCGCACAGUUGGACGCCCAGAAUGCGCGCCUCCUUCACCUCGCGCAGCGCCUUAUUCAGAAUGCUGCAGCGAGCUCGGACGCUGUAGGUCCCAAGCUACCCGACGUGGAAGCCAUAGACGCCAAUUGGAGGGGGGUUGUUGAUGUCAUCGACAGCUUGCUCGAGAAGGCCGACACCAGUCUGGACGAGUAUACGGGCGUGGUCAAACGCCUGAGUCCCGCCGGCGAACAGGCUGCCGUGAAGCCCCGCCCCAACAUUGCCGACAAGAAGAUCAUUCCAAAGCCGCAGCUCAAGUUUGAGCAUGUGCCAACCAACGACGAGACUGGCGGCUUUCGCCCGCUCGUCACCUCCAAGCCCCAUGCCAAGAUUCCCCUCGAAGAGUGUAUGAAGACAUUCAGGGACAAGCGCGGACGGGAACAAUACCCUCACCCCUACCAGACCGAGAUUGAAGAAUACGAAUACCCAGCGGCUGUCUACGAGUAUGCCGAACCGCAAAAAUACAAGCCCUUUGAAUCUACCACCGCAACCCUAGUCGACACGCCCGAGGCUCUGGUUACUAUGCUCUCGGAGCUGAAGACUGCAAAAGAAAUCGCUGUUGACCUGGAACACCAUGAUAAUCGCACCUACAUUGGCAUGGUGUCGUUGAUGCAGAUCAGCACUCGUGACAAGGACUGGAUAGUCGAUACCCUGAAGCCUUGGCGCCGGAAGCUGGAAUGCUUGAACGAAGUAUUUGCAGAUCCCAACAUCCUCAAGGUUCUACAUGGCGCAUACAUGGAUAUUAUGUGGCUCCAGCGAGAUCUCGGCAUCUAUGUCGUUGGCCUGUUCGACACCUUCCACGCUGCCCGUGCACUUGGCUAUCCCACCGCUAGUCUGGCCUACUUGCUCCAGAGACAUGUCAAUUUCACAGCCCAGAAACAGUACCAGCUUGCUGACUGGCGCAUACGGCCGCUUAGUCCAGAGCUGUUCGAAUACGCACGCGCUGACACCCAUUUCCUUCUCUACGUAUACGACAAUAUGCGUAACGAGCUGGUUGAAAAGUCUGAUUUCGACAACCCGGACAAGAACAAGGUUCGGGAUGUACUAGAAAAAUCGAAAGAGACAGCAUUGCAGCGAUAUGAGCACCCCAUCUACGACAGCGAAUUGGGACUCGGCACCAAUGGCUGGUAUAAGCUGAUUUCGCGGACCCCUGCUCAGUUUACUCCCGAACAAUUUGCCGUCUUCCGAGCUGUCCACAAGUGGAGGGACGAUCUCGGUCGGAAAGAGGACGAGAGCCCGCUAUUCAUUAUGCCAAAUCAUGCCGUGUUUUCUGUAGCUCGCGCAAUGCCGGCAGACAAGCCAGCUCUGUUUAACGCCAUACAGCAUGUUUCUCACCUUAUUCGAGUCCAUGCAGACGAACUUGUUAACAUAGUCGCCGAGGCCAAGAAAGAAGGCCUAAACGGACCAGAACUACACACAGUACUCCAGACCAUCGAUGAUAUGAAAAAAGCAGAACGAGCAGAGUCGGAAACUAGAGUGAUAAUGGCAAACGUGGCUUCCGCUCCAGUGGCUCCAAGCGCGCCACUAACCCGGAAUAUCCAUACCUCUGCUGCCCGGGCCCCAGGCUCAGAGUUUUGGGGUGAACUGUGGAAGAAGGACCAGGCUUCACGACCACAGCAGAAACUGUCUACCAUGGAUAUCGACCUUGCUCUCCCUCUCCCACCUCUUACGGCACAGGUCUUUGCCGACGCAAACGGAGCCGCCGCAGCUACACCAAAGGCUGAGAAGCCCCAGCACACGUUUAUACCAAAGGAAGAGAGACCUGCAGAAGACCAGCGAACUGACACAUUCGUCGUGAAGCACCUGGGUGGAGGCAAGAAGCGGAAGCGAGGUGAUGCUCAAGAAGAGUCAGAGCCCUCGGCACAGCCCCUUGACCCUAUGACCCGAGACGAAAUCAUGCUCGACGCCCCCGAGGAAACUCCAGAAGCCGCACAGGCUCGUGAGAAAGCUGCUAGGAAAGCCGCACGGAAACAAAAGAAGAAAGAGGCUGCUGUCCAAGCUGCCGCAUCCAAUGGUGAUGAGGCUGCUUUCGACUACGCAAAUGCCAAAUCAGUCCUCCAUGCUGAAGACGAAGACGCCAAGACCAAGAAGAAGGACAAGAAGGACAAGAAGAAGGACAAGAAGGACAAGAAGAAGAAGAAUGCAGGUUUCACGGCAUUUUCGGGCAUGACAGAUGCGCCCAAGGGACUGCCGAGAGCGCAAAAGGAGGUCGCGGGGCGGAGUAAGACAUUCAAGUCUUGAAGGGUGUAGUCGCACCGAGUACGCUAUGCACACUUGGCACGACUUGGUUUUCUCAUACUCAAAGAGGCUUUCUGCAUUCUUGCGUUUCUUGUACAUAUACCUGCAUCACGAUACCAAAAGAAUUACUUCCUAAUAGCCUAGGUAUCGG